AAACAAACCCGGAAGUUUUGUAUGUUGCACCGGAAUUAACUAUGGUCUAAUCCUUACUGCUCCGUCUGUAGCAAGAACUGUUCAGCGGACUGAUAAUCUCCAAUCACAGAAGAACACUAUGAAUCAAGAGAAGCUCGCCAAACUUCAGGCUCAGGUCCGGAUAGGAGGAAAGGGGACUGCCCGCAGGAAGAAAAAGGUCGUUCACAAAACGGCAACAGCUGAUGACAAAAAACUGCAGGGCUCGCUGAAGAAACUAGCAGUGAACAACAUCGCAGGCAUAGAAGAGGUAAAUAUGAUAAAAGAUGACGGGACGGUGAUUCACUUCAACAACCCCAAAGUUCAAGCGUCUCUGUCUGCGAACACCUUUGCCAUCACGGGCCACGCUGAGACCAAACAGCUGACCGAGAUGCUGCCGGGCAUCCUGAGCCAGCUGGGAGCCGACAGCCUCAGCAGCCUGCGCAAGCUGGCGGAGCAGUUCCCACGGCAAUCAGCGAUGGACAUGAAAGCUGUCAAAGAGGAGCACGCAGAAGAAGAAGACGACGACGUACCAGAUCUCGUGGAGAACUUCGACGAAGCCUCAAAAAAUGAAGCAAACUGAUCGAGUUCCCUUCCCCGGUUAAACAUUUUUCUAUUAUUCUGCUUUUUAUGUUUUGUGGACUCGCAAAGAUUUCCUCUGAUGGGGAAACGGUAAUGAAAGGCGUAACGCGUCUCCUCCUGGGAUGUUUACUCCGAUGCGGCGUCUCAACAACGCACUCAGAACGCUGUGAACGUCUUAGCACCCAAAGGACUUCAAUUACUUUAGAAAUACGCUUAAUUAGCUAAACACAGCUGGUAUUUAAGAGAUUCCUUUUAAAAUUACAAUUAAAUGUAGUGAAUUAUGUAAUUAGCAUUAUAAUGGUAAAUAUGAAUUUAAUAAAAUGAGUUUGC